AUGGCAGCCUCCAUCCUUCUGAAGAAGAGAUGCCCACAAAUGAGUGCUCAGGCAUACAGAUUUUCCACAGUAUUAUGGCACAGUGGAGCCAAAAAGCAAGUGAGUUCAAAAUUAAUGAUCUAGAUGUGAAUUGGUGACAUAUACGAAGUCUGACUCCUACAGUCUAUACCAGUACAUAUAUUUAUUUUUCCCCGUUUAGAACUUGAAUCAGAUUUUUACUUAAAUAAUUUGUUAAGAGAACUUUCAUUGUCUUGAUCAAAUAAAGCUGAUAAACAUACAUGUACAUGUAAAAAAAUGAGUGCACUAUUAGUUGAAGUCAAUCUCUUGGCAAGACAUUCCACCACAGAUUGUUUUCUAAUGGAUUUUCUUGAUGGAAAAUGUUCACUUAAAAUUUAAAACUGAUAUUUUUUCUUUUAGGUAUACAACCGUGGUGUCAAGUGGGGUGUGACAGUUAGCCAUACAUCGGUAAUCGAGAAAAUAGAACAAAUGGGAAAAAGGUUUGAUGAGAAAGUCCUAAACUGGAAGGUUCAGCAAGAGUACCACAAAAGGUUUACUGCCACACUGGCAACGAUAAAGGAGUGUGUUGAAGAAGCAGUUCCCACAGUUGAGCCCACAAAUGACAGGAACCUUAAAAAGGCAGUUGAAGACAAGCUUGGGCAACAAAAACAUUUUAUAUUUGAUGAAAACAUUUAUUCGGAAGUCGAAACCCUGAUCAAGAAAACUACACAGACAGAGCUUGUUAGCAACACAAGUAUGGAGACACUGUCAAUGCUAAUGCAGCAGUCUGACUCAGAGAGACCACUGGGUUAUCAAAUCAUUGGAGAUAAUGUCGAUCUUAUGAUUAAAGUCAGACAUCAGGCUAGUGACAAACCUAACAAAAGCAUUCACUGGUUUCACCUGAAUGCCGUGAAGGACAGAGUGAGUGGUGCUGGAUUGUCUGAAAAGGGAUCAAUCAAAUUAGUUGAUCAAGUGGAGAACUGGGAAAUCUUGCCAUCAUAUCAGGAUAAUGAAGGGCUACUUCAUGACUUCAUUCCCCUGUUUGCACGGGUAAUUUGUGACAGGAUUCCUGCACUGAAGUCUUUCAAAGAUGUUGUAAUCAGGCAUAUUCCUCACAAAUACUCUAAUGUAACGAAACAGAAAUCUGAACAGGUAAUUUGCCAUUUUUAACCAGUUAUGCAAACUUUUGCGGUCGAAAUCCCCUUAAGACAGAUGCUUCAUUGAAUUUUUGUUCCCUAUUAUUAUUAUUAUUAUUAUUUUAUUGGGAAGCAGUGACACUGCGUAAAGACCUCUAUUAUAUUUCACUACUGUUAGCGAUGGUGUCUCCUUGCCACUGGCUUUUGUACUUUACAAAAUUAAUUUAAGUUUAGUUAACCUUUUUGUUUGAUACCAAUGUCUCAAUAUUUGUACUCCGUGGAAGUUAGUGUUCAGUAUUUGCAAUUUGCACUGUAUCUCAUCAUUUUUUCAGUCAAACAUCCCAUUAUUCCUUUAUUUAAAACUUAGUUUCACAGUGAUUAUAGAAUGACAUCAAUGACUUCCAAAGUAGGCAAUUAUAUCAAUCCAACUAUGCCAUACUUCAUCUCAACUUUUUUUUUCAAGCUUAAGUUUUGUGAGCUAAAGACAGCCUUAAAAAAAUAUAUCUAUUUAACUGCCUACAUUUAUUAUAUGUCCUACCUUCUUUUAAGGCACCACUAGGAUUGCUCUUUAAGAAUGAAAACACAAAUGAUGACAUGAUAGACAUAUUAACAGAGCUACAUCAAAGGUAUCUUCCAGUCAUGAAAACAACUGAUGGCUCCGGUAACGUGGAAAUUGAAGUGCUCCAGAAGGUUUUCUUUGGUGGUGACCAGUUGACUGAAGAACGUGCGCGGAAUGCUAGACAAGGUCGAGCUGAUGGUGACACAGAGUUUGAAAGAUUGGAGGGGCUUAUCCCAAAGGUAGAAGAUUGGCAUGCAGGAAGAGUUCUUUACCAGGUGGGUUUGUUGUUGACUUAAAUCUUAUAGGGAGAUAAGAAAUAAAACAGAAUCAUCUAGAAGAAUAAAUUAACCUUAGAUGAUGCAAACAAUCCAUGAAAACAAAUUGGGGCUUCUUUCUUAGUGGAUCAUGAGAAUGGCGUUGUUAACCUUUCCACAUAGAGUCAGUUGAGCAUAAUUUAAUUUGCAUAUGGGCAUUUCAUUUUUUUUUAAUACGCUCCCUUGUUCUUGUCAUUCUUGUCCACUUUGCACUAACAAAUACUUAAUAUGAUAAUGAAACUUGUACAGAAAUGAAAUCAUAUUUGUUUAUUAUUGGAAAAAGUAUUGACGUCAAGAAAUAAUACUAUUCUUUUCCUACCCCCUAGGUACUGUAUGAUGUAUUUUUCAACCCCUCUUCUGCAAAUGAUGUUGGUACCAUGUGCAGCAACAUGAAUGUAAUCAACCAAGUGAAUGCUAAAACAUCAAAUGUCCUUGACAACUUCAACCAUUGUAAGACCUAUGUGAAGCUUGAAACAGAUGCAUUCAUCACAACUGCUACCAUGAAGCACUUUGGGAUGACUAACCUUGAGGAACCUGCUGGAAAUUUCAUACCUCCCUCAAUUUUGGAUGGUAGCCAAAGCACACGAAGAAUCUGGCUUCACAAGCAGGUUAAAGAUAUACUGAAGAAAGCUGUUAUUGAUGAGCAAGAACAGUUUCAUGCAACUCUUCAAAAUGAACUCAUUGAAUUGAACAGACCAAAAAGGUUUUACUGCAGGGUCUGUAACAAAGAGUACAGAUAUGCCAAAGCAAGGGAUUCACAUGAAAAUAACAUUCACUCUUUUAGCAUCGAAUUGGCAUCUCCAGAGGAGUCAAGUGACUCUAUGCAACCUCUCGCUGAACACAAACCUGUUGAUGCGUGA